UCUCCCUCUGUUGUAUCCAUCCAUGUAGCCGUGUGCUCAGAUUGUCUGUGUUUCCUGAGCAAAAUAAGUUUGUUCUUAAAUACGAAUCUGACAUGGAUUGUGAAAAUGGAGCUGAUACUUCGACCAGUAAAAGAAAACUCUGCAGACUGGUUGUUUUGAGCUUUGCACUUCUGUGUAUUCUUCAAGCUACACUCAACAUUUCACUGCGACUGGCUUUUUACAGUUCUGAUACAACAACAACAACAACAACACCAGAUUGUGAGGCCAUUAUUAAAAACUUGACUAGAGAACAAGACAUUAAAAUGAAUGAAUUAGCUCGCUAUAUCCAACAAGGAUGGUUAUACUUCAACCACAGUUUAUAUUACGUUUCAUCUACUACAAACACCUGGAAUGACAGCAGAGAGGACUGUCUGCAGAGAGGGGCAGACCUGGUGAUUAUCAACAGCAGAGAGGAACAGAACUUCAUAAGAGAGUUUAAAAAACGGACAUGGAUUGGACUGACUGACUGACGCAGAAGAAGAACAGACAUGGAAAUGGGUGGAUGGGACUACACUUACC